CCGCGAGAUCACGUGACUCGACUCUUCUCACUUCCUCAAAGUGUAAACAUUGGCGACCGCAGGCUGUGUUAAGUUACACUGCAAGUCAUGAGGGAUACACCGUGUACACACUAGUGGCAUUACAACAAUAUACAACGAUGGGAAGUUUGUACAAAGCUGGAUAGAAGAAGAAGAAGCUCCAAGCCUAUGUGUGUGUGUGCUCUGUGGGAAUGGGUUACAUUCCUCACUGGUCCAAAUGGAGAAUAAAGGGAGCGACGAGGUGGAAACAUUGAAGACAAAGUUCUUGUCUGUGUGGCACAAUGUGAAGUACAGUUGGGCUCUGAAACCAAAAACCUCAUUCAGUAGAAAUUCCCCGGUGCUUCUCCUUGGAAAAUGUUACCAUUUUAAGGUCGAAGAUGACGACACUGUUACAGACGCCUGCGACGAAGCCUCUGAUGAGGACUUCGUCAUGGGGAACGUGGACGCUUUCCGCAAGGAUUUUGCGUCCCGAGUUUGGCUCACCUACAGGGAGGAGUUGCCUCCACUGCCUGGCUCCACCCUGACCUCAGACUGCGGCUGGGGCUGCAUGCUGAGAGCCGGGCAGAUGAUGCUGGCUCAGGCGCUUAUUCUGCACUUCUUGGGCAGAGACUGGACCUGGUCGGAGGCGAUGGCGCUCCAGCCUUUAGACACAGAGACGUGGACUACCACUGCAGCCAAGCGUCUGGUGGCCUCUCUGGAGGCCUCUCUGCAAGGCUCCCCCGGGCCCUCCGAUAAUGGAUCACCACCCAUGUACCAAGCCCAGAACCCGGGAUCUGCAGAGGAGGCAGAUGCACAUUUGAAAGAGAUGUACCACCGCACUCUGGUAUCCUGGUUUGGGGACAGCCCCUCGGCUCAGUUCGGCCUCCACAGGCUGAUCCGCAUGGGCCUGUCAAUGGGGAAGCAGGCAGGAGACUGGUACGGGCCUGCUGUGGUGGCACACAUCCUCAAGAAAGCUGUCGGGGAGGCGAUGGACCCUGGCUUGGCGGGUAUAACUGCUUAUGUCUCCCAGGACUGCACAGUGUACAGCGCUGAUGUCAUCGAUAGCCACAGGGCACCAAGAGCAGGGCAGAACUCUGCCGAGAGAUCAGACGCCCCUCCUUCCCCACAGAGCGACCAACCAGUGUCGGCCUCCACCCCGUCAGACAGCCGAGGCGUCAUCAUCCUCGUCCCUGUGCGGCUGGGAGGAGAGAAGACAAACCCCGACUACUUUAACUUUGCAAAGAGCAUACUAAGUCUGGAGUACUGCAUAGGCAUCAUCGGAGGAAAGCCCAAACAGGCCUGCUACUUUGUAGGAUUUCAAGAUGACAGCUUGAUUUACAUGGACCCUCAUUACUGUCAGUCUUUUGUGGAUGUCAGCACCAGCGAUUUCCCUCUCCAGUCAUAUCAUUGCCCCUCACCAAAGAAGAUGCCUUUCAGCAAGAUGGACCCAAGCUGCACCAUAGGUUUCUACUCGAGAAGCGCUCAAGACUACGAGAGAAUCAGCCAAGAGCUGUCCAAGGUGCUGCAGCCGUCAGCGAAGGAGAAAUACCCCGCGUUCACUUUCGUGCAAGGUCACGGCAGAGAUUACGACCUGUCUGCGGGCCUGACCCCGGAGAAGAGAGAGUGGCCCUUCAUCCGUGACCCGCGGAGGACGGUCACCACUACCGGGGACUUUGUGCUGCUUUGACAGCACUGUUUAAAAGACUACCGACAGGGAACUUCUCUUCUCUUAAUGAAUCAAACUGCUUGAUAUCCAAAGCCUCGUGACACUGAAGGUUAUGGAACUUUUUUUAAACUACAGUUAAUACGUCCUGGAAACUUUGUCGCUCAGCAAUAUUUGCCAAAACUGUUUGUCGGACUUGUAUUUGUUCCUCAGAAAUGAUAGCUUGCUGAACAUUUUGUCAGAAAGCUUUUGGUGCUCUGCUUAAUUUAGUGACCUAAAAUGUUUUAUACAUUCAUCUUAAGAAGAGGGAACAUCUAGGCUGACACUAUUCAUUGUGCACCAUUAUUUGUGAUUUUUAUGGACUUGAGACAAGCUGUUGAUAGCGAGUAUAUCAACAUGUCAGGUUUUGGGAGAUUUGGUGAAGGUUUUUUUUUGUACCGUACAUUAUGUUGAAGAAGUCCAAUAAUGAUGAUAAGGUCCAGUUCAGCACUACAUCAUGUUACAGUGUCCUAGUAACCGUGACUAAAAUCAGGCUCACUUUAAAAUCCUUUCACAGGGCUACAGUUAUCUGCAGUGUUUAGACAGCGUUUUCUUAAGUGUGGUUAGCACUGGGCUAAGAGGAGUAUUGUAAAAAGCCUUAAUUAAUAUGUGCCAAGGGCUCCCUGAAGAUGAAGCUAAGUAACUUUUCCAAACUUCUCUGCCAAAAAAACAUCAAACAGGAUGAAUUCUUCACCCGUCUGAAACACCUCGACAACCAACAUGCUCUGAUGGUGUUGUAUGAUGAUAUGAUUGUUUGCUUGCCUUGUAUGUGGUAUUCAUUUUGACUGCAUCACAGUGCAAGUGACCAGGGGAGACAGCAGAGUUUGUUGUCAAAGGGAUUAAUGUCGUGUGCCAUAUCUCAAUAAGCACCAUCUGUUAUGAAUUACCCUUUAAAAUAGAAUUCUUUAUUUACUGUAGUUGUCUUACACACACUGAAGUCAAAACAUGAAUUAACAUACUGUAUAGUAAAUAUACUGUAUGGUAUAGUUGAAUUCAUUUGGAGUAGCAAUAAAGAAAUCAGAGAGGCAUACUAUAUCAGCUUUCCAAAUCAAUAUUAUUUGUAUCUGCUGCUGUGUAAUUAACAAUUUGGGCCAACUAUUUCAAAAGGUUUUAAUCAUUUCAAAGGAUUUUCUAACAUUUCCGUAACGUUUCUUAAUAUUUAUUCCUACUUUUGAUUGUUUUUUCCUCGAUUCUAAUCUCCAGCAGUGAGUGACUAAAUUAUCUAUUACUGUUCUUACAAAACACCUUUAUAGUAUCUGCACGUUAAAAAACUAAAAGUGAAGAAGUACGCUAGAGCACACGCUAGGUUGUGAAACUUGAUCAUGCACUUUGAUUUAUCACUUCAAAAAAGACUGAAGUAUUCCGACUGUUGAAUCUGUUACAUGUGCUUUCCUGCAUUACAACACCUGCAUGUCUGUUUGCAUAAAUUGAACUUACAAAAUGUAUAAUAAAAUGUUUUUUAACACUGCCAGGCAAAGUUGAAUAAAGACAAAAUAUUUGACUUUCUUAA